CGUGCGACCGACCGAACGGGUGUAAGUGCCGUCAACCCACUUCCGCCGAGGCCCGACUUCCGUACUGCGCGCACCGUGCCAGACGAGCCUCUCGCACUCUACGGGCUGAAGACCACGCGCCGCCAUGGCCUCCAACCAAACUCUCCCCCUGGAGACUACACCACACCCACCAUCGCCAGCUCUGACGCGACCCGAACUGGCGGACGCGAACGCUGCCUUGCCGCUCGGCCUGGCUGCGGCCGUUGUCGUGCUCGGGAUCGUCGCGUACUUCCUACACCAUCGGCGAUCCAAGAAGCAACACGACCGCCAAACCAUGUUGCUCGAACAACAGGCGGCACCUCAGCACCUAGAACGCGCUUCACCUUCUUCCGCCCUUUAUCAUCCGCCCCCCGGCCGUGGGACGGCCGCAGCCAUGUACUCCAAGUUAGUGGACAUGGCAGCAAAGUCCCCCAAGGGCACGAAAGGUCUCGCCAACGCGUCGACGAAUGCGGCCAAGACAAAAGCGUCGUCGCCGGCACGUCAACUUUCUGGCGACGGAUGGAAGUCGCACCCGGCAUUGACGGGCCUGUGGCUGCCGUCGGGCACCGAGCACAUGACGACGACGCCGGUGCGCGGCUGCAGCAACGCGAUGACGGGCACGUUGGGCGACGGAACCAAAAUCAUGCUCAAGAGCGUGCCGCUCGAGUCGUCGUUGGUGCCGGCAUUCGUUGAAGCGAUCGGAGAGGCCCGCCACUUGACUGCGCACGACUCGAUCAACGCCAUUUUUGGCGUCGUCCUUUAUCGUGGGACGUUGAGCGCAGCGGCCAAGUACAUGGCCAAGGGCAGUUUGGGGCCGCUUCUGGUCGACAAAGCCAAACCGUUGCCGCCGUUCGUGCGCAAGUCGAUCGCGUUGCAGGUGGCGUCUGGCUUGGCGCACAUCCACCGGUCGUCGCGCCCGUUUGGCGCGUUGCAUAGCGGAAACGUACUCGUGGAAUCGUUGUCGCGAUCGGAGGUUGUCGUGAAAUUGAAUGGGUUUGCGCUGCUGCACUGGCAAGUGCCGUCCACGGAUACCAACAACACGGCGGCGGCGUCCGUUGAGACGUUUGGAAACUUUGCCACGUCGUACGUGGCGCCAGAACUGCUCGGCGAUCCCAAGCGGCAUACGCUGUCGACCGAUGUUUACGCCCUUGGCAUCCUCCUCGGUGAAAUCUUCACAAAGACGCAUCCCCAUGCCGCCCUCUUCCACGCAAAGGGCUUUGUCGGGGGCGAUCUGCACUUACUUGAGCUCGCGCGGUCGACUCGGCCCCUGCCGUUCCCGUACGAUGCCGCCGUGCUGGCCCACGAGACUUCGUCGCCAGCGUUUGUCGACGUCAUCGAGCGAUGCGUACACCCUGAUCCGACCCGACGACCGACCGUCGACGAAAUCGUGGCGCAGAUCCAAGCCUUGGACAUCCAAGAUGGCGGCCAAGCGGCGGCGCUCAACUAGGCUGUCUUGUCUGUGUAAACUGGAUCGCCACCCACCCGACUAGAAUGGUCCAAUGCCACCGUGCAACUCACAAACAGGAGCUGCGACGCCUGCGACCGCGCAGUCGUCGUUGAAGAAAACAUAUCGCCGACAGGGAUCGCAUCCACCGACGUUUGACGCAGUGAUGAUGUCGCGA